AUGAAGUCUACCAUCUUCUCCAUCGUCCCCUUUGUAGGCUUUGCUCUCGCCCAGCAGGGCUGCAACAAGCUCACUGUCACUGAAACCGAGACGUCCUACGUAACUGUCCAGCCUAGCCAGGUGAGCUACAGUUACAUUACCAGCACCAUCGGCAUUACCAACACCAUCACUGUUGGUUCUUCGUCUUCAGCUGAGGCAUCUACAACCGGCCUGCACUGGGGAAGCUACCCCAAUGGAACCUACGGCAAUCACACUGGUCGCCCUCAGCCCACAGUCUCCAGCGUGUCGCUUGACUACACACCUUCUGCCGUCACUGAGACACCAGUGCCAACCUACGCUCCUGGACAGGGAUACAGCCAGUCCAGCGAAACCAGCGAAACUCCUGUUCCCACCUUUGAGUCUUCCUCCGCGUACGAGGCCCAAGCUGCUCCCUCUUCAUUCGUCAAGGCCGUUAAGGUCAAGGCCGUAUCCGCUGCUGGCUCUAAGUCCGGUCAAGCUACCUUCUAUGGCGGCAACACCUCUGGCGGCAAGUGCAGCUUCACUGGAUAUACCGUUUCCUCGUCCCUCUUCGGCACCGCUAUCUCUGAUUCCAACUGGGAUGGUGCCGGUAGCUGCGGAAGGUGUGUGUCCGUCACCGGACCUGCCGGCAACAAGAUCACCGCCAUGGUUACCGACCAGUGCCCCGGCUGCGGAGUCAACCAUCUCGACCUGUACCCUGAUGCCUUCAACAAGCUCUCCAACCCCAGCGCCGGCGUGAUCGCCAUCAGCUGGGACUUUGUCCCUUGCGGCAUUACCUCGCCCAUCGUCCUGAAGAACAAGGAGGGCACCAGCGCCUACUGGUUCAGCAUGCAGGUCCAGAACGCUAACAUCGGCAUCAAGAGCCUCGAGGCUUCCACUGACGGCGGCAAGACCUGGAAGCAGACCCAGAGGCAGGACUACAACUACUUUCAAUACUCUUCCGGCUUCGGAACCUCGGCCGUCGACGUCAGGGUCACCAGCAUCACCGGCCAGACCAUCAUCGUCAAGAACGUCAGCAUUGCUCCCCUGACCACCAAGAAGGCUGCAAGCAACUUCUCUUAG